AUGGGAUCACAAGCUGCGUUUAUUUCUGGUAGGCGAGCCUCUGAUAAUAUUAUCUUAGUGCAGGAAGCUAUUCAUUCUGCCAGGACUAGUAAGGGCAAGGAUGGUUGGAUGGUUAUUAAAAUUGAUUUGAAGAAGGCUUUUGAUAGACUUGAGUGGAGUUUUAUUAGAGAUAUGUUGAUUUUCUUCAAAUUUCCUUCAGAUCUUAUCUCUCUUAUUAUGUCUUGUGUGACUAACCCGUCUCUCUCUGUUAUUGUUAAUGGUACCGCUUCUGAAAGUUGUCAUGCCACUAGAGGUAUUCGUCAAGGGGAUCCCAUAUCUCCUUAUUUAUUUAUUUUGUGCAUGGAGUUUCUCUCCCUCUGUAUUGAGAAGGAAGUUAUCUCUGGUAACUGGUGCCCUAUUAGAAUUGGCAAGGGUGAUCCCAAAGUGUCUCAUGCCCUUUUCGCAGAUGACAUUAUUUUCUUUGCUAAAGCCAACAAUAGAAAUUGUGAGUCCAUCCUUAAUACUCUUGAUUUUUUUUGUGAGAGAUCUGGACAAAAAGUGAAUGUGGACAAAUCUAAGAUUUGGUUUUCCCCUACUGUUAGUGAGGAAAGUUCCUGUAGGAUUACUAGGAAUCUAGACUUUAGAAAGACCAAUAACCUUGGCCUUUACCUAGGUCAUCCUAUUCUUGAUGCCAUUGUUGACUAUAAUAUGCAAGUCUCUCAUUUGCCGGCUGCUACUUUGGAGGAAGUGGACAGAAUUCAAAGGAAUUUUGUAUGGGGUGAUGGUGAGGAAAAUAAGAAAAUCCAUCUUGUUGGCUGGGAUAGAAUCACUAGGAGUAAGAAAAGAGGGGGCUUGAACUUGAGGAAGGCUAAGCUUAGGAAUAUUGCUCUUAUGGCUAAGCUCGUGUGGAGAGCUAAAAAAAAUCCUGAGGACCUGUGGGUCAAAGCCAUUAAUAGCAAAUAUAAACUUUUAGAGCUCAAGAAGAGGGUCGGGUCCAAUUCUGAUGUUUGGACCAGCAUGAUGAAAGGGGUGGAGGUUUUUAGAAAAGGUUGUAGACAUGUUAUUAAAUCUGGGGGUUCUACCAACUUUUGGCAUGAUCAUUGGAUGGAUAAUCAUAGUCUUAGGAGUCUUAUUUCUGGACCUCUUAUGUUUGGUGAGGAAGAACUAAUGGUCAAGGACUGUAUUGGUAAUGAUGGUGAAUGGAACCUUGAUAAGAUCUCUUUCUGUUUCCCUUUGAGCAUCUCUAGUAAAAUUCUUUCUACUGCUUUUUGUUUUCAAGGGGAAGUGUCGGAUUCUUUCUGCUGGUAUAAUUCUUCCAAUGGACAAUUUUCUCUUAGUUCGGCUUAUGAUAUUGCUGCUGAUUUUGAUCACGCACCUGAAAAUCCCAUGUUUUGGAAAAAGCUUUGGUCUACUCAUUGUCAUAACCGUAUAAAGUUUUUUCUUUGGUUACUUGCUCAUGAUAAGAUUUGCACAAAAUCCUUGCUCUGUCAUAGAAAUAUUUCUCCUGAUUUGUGUUGUGAUCUUUGUCCUGACUCUGAGGAGGAUGCUUUUCACAUUAUGAGAAAUUGUGUCUUGGCAACUUCUAUUUGGAAUCUUUGUUCCUCCCUUCCUUCUAAUUUCUUCUCUCAAUUGAAUCUUUUUGAUUGGCUUUCGAGCAACCUUUCCUCAUCUUUUUUUUCGAAUGGCAUUCCUUGGAAUAUUUUAUUUUCAUAUAUUUGUUGGGGACUUUGGAAAUCGAGAAAUAUCAGACUCUUUCAAGGGCAUGUUUUAACUUCAUCCCAAGUCUUUAAUGAGUACCACAUUAAAGCUGUUGAAUUUUUUCAUAUUGGUCUUCCUGCUGCUAAAAUGGUUAGUUCUUUGGUUGAUGUUUGCUGGAAUCCCCCACCUCAAGGCUGGUUUAAAUUGAAUUCUGAUGGGUCUUCAGUUGGUAAUCCCGGGAGUUCUGGAGCUGGUGGGAUUAUUAGAAAGGAUACAGGUGAAUGGUUUGUUGGAUAUGUAAGGAAAAUUCAUUGUGCAACUAGUCUCCAAGCAGAGUUUUGGGGAUUAAGGGAUGGUCUUACACUUGCAGUUGAUCAUGGCAUCUCUUUUUUAGAUAUUGCGGUUGAUGCAAAGAAUGUUAUUUCGCUGCUUAAUGAUGCUGACAUUGAUACGCACCCACUUGGAAAUAUCAUAUAUGAUUGCAGAAAAUUGAUGGAACGAAUCCAGAACAUCAAGAUCUCACACUCGUUUAGAGAAGCCAAUCAAGCCGCUGAUGCAUUUGCCAAUAGGGGCCGUAUGCUUGACGAAUCUUUUGUUGUCUACAAUUGUAUUCCAGACUUUGUAAUGAAUAUUUUAAUAGCUAAUACUAUGGGAAUCUCUUUUCCCCGUUCUGUAAACUCUUCUAACAGUUAA